AUGGAGUACCCAGACGAGGUCGAUGACCUUGUCCAAUUCAGACUGGACCAAUUCCUCGGCCAAUCUCAAGACAUGUUCACGCGCGUGCGAGACGAUCGUCGGUCAGAGAUCGAUUUCAUCCGUUUCGUAUUGGCAGGUAGGAUCGGGCCAGAGGCAGACGAGGAAGUCGACCAGUGCCGCAUCACCCUGAAUGCCCAGCAAGGCAUUCCCCAUGUUCCUCCUCGACCUGAAACCACCAUCACUCGCGACAUUGACUCUGUGAUCGGGGUAUCACGUUCGUUGCCUUACACAACGGCAUUGUCGGUCUGGCCCGACAUUACAAUGAAGCUGCUGACCACUUCACUGCCAUUGUCCACUCCACUACUUACGCUGACGCAUCACGCCCCAAUUAAUACAGGCUGA